UCUUUCUCUCUCUCUCUACUCUGCAAUAGCAUACAUGUUUCCGCUUUAAUAGCUGAUAACAACUGCCCAUCGUUUGGCAGAAAACAGAAAAAGAAAAACCGAGGAAAAGGAAAAGGAAAAGGGAAAAGAGAGAGAGGAAGAGGGCUCAUCGUCAUGUGAUCAAUCAAUUAACCCUUUUUGACUUUUUCUGGGUAACUUGCAGGAUCAAGAAGGAGGCCCUCCACAGAUGGCGGCGACCACAUGGGACGGCUACGUCGACUGGAGGAACCGGCCCGCCAUCGUCGGCCGCCACGGCGGCAUGCUCCCCGCCUUCUUCGUCUUGGUGGCGGAGGUGCUGGAGAACCUGGCGUACCUGGCGAAUGCGAGCAACCUGGUGAUGUACAUGGCGGAGUACAUGCACGUGUCGCCGUCGAGGGCGGCCAACGACGUGACCAACUUCAUGGGGACGGCCUUCCUCCUCGCCCUCCUCGGCGGCUUCCUCUCCGACGCCUUCUGCACCACUUAUCGCAUCUACCUGAUAAGCGCAGCUAUUGAAUUCCUGGGCUUGGUCAUACUCACGGUGCAGGCCAAGUCGGCCUCGCUGAAGCCGCCGCCCUGUGACCAUGCUGACCCUGCGGCCAUAUGCCGAGAGGUCAGCGGGGGAAAGGCGGCGAUGCUGUUCGCGGGGCUCUACCUGGUGGCGCUCGGGGUCGGGGGAAUCAAGGGCUCGCUGCCGUCGCACGGGGCCGAGCAGUUCGACGACGGCACGCCGCAGGGGAGGAAGCAGAGGUCCACCUUCUUCAACUACUUUGUGUUUUGCCUUUCCUGCGGAGGCCUGAUCGCAGUCACACUGGUGGUAUGGGUUGAGGACAACAAGGGUUGGCAAUGGGGAUUUGGGAUCUCCACACUCGCAAUUCUCUUGUCGAUCCCAGUCUUCCUCGCUGGAUCAGCCAGUUACAGGAACAAGAUCCCUUCUGGGAGUCCACUCACAACCAUCUUCAAGGUUCUGAUUGCUGCUACCCUCAAUCCCUGCAAAUCCAGGAACACAAGCAAUGCCAUUGCAAGCAUGAACACAAGCCCCUCUUACGCAACGACCCAGAUGACCCAACGCAAACCAGAAGCAUUUGAAGGAGAAGCAGAAGAAGAUGACCCGAGAUCGAAGGAGGUAAACCUUCCCUCCGAUGGGAGCUUGAGCUUCCUGAACAGGGCAGUGACCAGCAAGCCCGUACACAGGUCGCUGGAGUGCAGCGUCCAACAAGUCGAGGACGUCAAGGUUGUCCUAAAGCUCCUCCCUGUCUUCGCUUGCACCAUCAUCCUCAACUGCUGCUUGGCCCAGCUCUCCACCUUCUCGGUCCAACAAGCGUCGACGAUGGACACCAAGUUGGGCUCCCUCAAAGUCCCGCCAGCCUCCCUCCCGAUCUUCCCCAUCCUCUUCAUCAUGAUCCUCGCCCCGGUCUACGACCACUUCAUCGUCCCGUUCGCGCGGAGGGCGACCAAGACCGAGACGGGCGUGACCCACCUGCAGAGGAUCGGGAUCGGGCUGGGCCUCUCCGUCCUGGCCAUGGCGGUGGCCGCCCUCGUGGAGGCCAAGAGGAAGCGGGUGGCGACCGACGCGGGCCUCAUCAACUCGGCCGGCCCGCUGCCCAUCACGUUCUUCUGGAUAGCGCUCCAGUACCUGUUCCUCGGGUCGGCGGACCUGUUCACGCUGGCGGGGCUGCUGGAGUUCUUCUUCUCGGAGGCCCCGGCGAGCAUGAGGUCGCUGGCCACGGCCCUCUCGUGGGCGUCCCUGGCCAUGGGGUACUACCUGAGCACGGUGAUCGUGUCGGUCGUGAACGGGGUGACGGGGAGCUCCGGGCACAGGCCGUGGCUCAAGGGGGGGAACUUGAACGGGUAUCAUCUGGAGAGGUUCUACUGGCUCAUGUGCGUGCUCAGCGGGCUGAAUUUCCUGCACUAUCUCUAUUGGGCCACCAGGUACAAGUACAGGUCCGCGGGGUCCAGCAAGUGAGGCAAAUUUGAUGAA